AUGGAGCAUGAUCGCCCUGCUUCACGUGAAGCCUUGCCACCGGGCACGCAACGGAUCGAAAAUGAGACUGGUGCACACAUUGUCCUUUCGCCAAUUCCGACCGCAGACCCCAACCAACCCCUGAACUGGUCCAAGGGGAGAAAGUUGACUUCAGCUACACCUCUAUGGGUUGAUAUCAAUAUCGAGACCGGCGUCUCGUUUACCGAUCUCAACAAUGCAUACGCUGCAAGCUCGGGAGCCUUGAGCGUGGGCUGCAUCUUCUUUGUCCCUCUUGGACUCAAGUUUGGCAGAAGACCAGUGUACAUCUUGACAUCACUCCUUAUGACGGCGUGUGCAAUCUGGCAAGCGAGAGCCCAAACGGUUGGAGAUUUCAUGGGAUCGAAUGUCAUCGGCGGGCUGGCAGGCGCUGUGAACGAAGCACUCUUUCAGGUGACCGUGUCAGACAUGUUUUUCGUCCACCAAAGAGCCUCUGCAAACGGACUAUACUUGGCAGCCGUGUCGUUUGGCAACUACAUGGGUCCUGUCGCCGCAGGAUAUGUCGCAGUAUCACAAGGUUGGCGAUGGGCGUUCUACUACCUCGCCAUAUUCAUGGGAAUCACUACUCUGGCGCUGAUUGUAGCGUUGGAGGAGACAAAGUUCGACGCGCCCACAGUCAUCGGCGAAACUGUUCCUGUCAUGACCGGAGGAGUCGUUGAUAGUGCAUCAGAGAAUUCCAAGUCCAAGACACCAACAGCGACAGAACAGCCAGAGCUCACUCUCAUCACGAUGGCUACGCGAGAUUCCAUCCUACAGAAGUCAACAAUACCACUGGAUGGCUACUGGCGCCGCCAUCGCUUGAUUUCUCUUGACACAGAUCCAGCAGGCCACCGCCAGAAAAACAGCUUUAUCAGCCAUGUCUUCCAGCCAUUCAUCAUUCUGUUCCAAUUCCCCGCCGUCGCCUUUGCUGCGCUCCAGUACGGCUGGCUUGUAUCCAUGCUGGCCGUGGUGGCGGUCACGCAAGCUACCGUUUACCCUGCACCGCCAUACAACUUCAGCGCCGCGUCGGUUGGGCUUAUGAGUCUUCCACCGGCAAUCGGAUCAGUCCUGGGCUCGCUCCUGGGCGGCCCAGCGGUCGACUAUUUCGCAGUUCAAAUCGCAAAACGGAGAGCCGGCAUUCACGAGCCAGAGACUCGACUCUGGCUCUUUAUGAUCCCUGGCUGCGGCAUGAUUCUCGGCAUAUUGUUGUACGGCUUGACUAUUGCAAAGGGCCAAGCAUGGAUCCUCAACGCCAUCGGCGCGGGCUUCGUCGGUUUUGCGCUCGGCGGCUGUGGCGACAUGGCACUCACCUACGUGCAGGAUUCAUAUCAACAUAUAUUAGGAGACGCUCUCGUUGGCGUCGUCUUCGUGCGCAAUGCCAUCAGCACAGCUCUAGUCUUCGGCGUCCCGCCGUGGAUCACGGGUAUGGGCAUCUACAACAUGUUUGUCAUCUGUGGUGUGCUGGCCGCCGUGCUCGGCCUGACUUGCGUGCCUCUCAUUAUUUGGGGUCGGAAGUGGAGGAUCCAGUUGGCUGGGAAGUACGAGCACUGGGCGCAGAGACAGUAUUAA